AUGGAGAAGGAGAGAGAGAAGCAUGUGUACUUGGCGAAACUAAACGAGCAAGCCGAGAGAUACGAUGAGAUGGUCGAAGCAAUGAAGAAAAUUGCAGCGCUUAACGUGGAACUCACAGUGGAAGAGAGAAACUUGCUAUCAGUUGGUUACAAGAACGUGAUCGGUGCAAGAAGAGCCUCGUGGAGAAUCCUCUCAUCGAUCGAGCAGAAAGAAGAGUCGAGAGGAAACGAACAGAACGCGAAACGGAUCAAAGACUACAGAACGAAAGUCGAAGACGAGCUCUCCAAGAUCUGCUACGACAUUUUAGCUGUCAUCGACAAACAUCUUGUCCCAUCCGCAACUUCAGGAGAAUCCACUGUCUUCUACUACAAGAUGAAAGGAGAUUAUUUCAGAUACUUAGCUGAGUUUAAAUUUGGCUCUGAUCGUGAUGAAGCUGCUAAUCAAUCACUCAAGGCUUAUGAAGCUGCAACGACUUCUGCGAGCUCGGAGUUGACUUCAACACAUCCGAUUAGGCUCGGCUUGGCUCUCAACUUCUCGGUCUUCUACUACGAGAUCUUGAACUCUCCAGAAAGGGCGUGUCAUUUGGCGAAACAAGCGUUUGAUGAGGCUAUAUCUGAGCUGGAUAGUCUUGGUGAAGACUCUUAUAAAGAUAGCACACUUAUCAUGCAGCUUCUUAGAGAUAACCUCACUUUAUGGACCUCUGAUCUAGAGGAAGGAGAUGAACAAUCUAAAGAGGACAAGACACAAUAUGAGGAUUAA